CUGCCAGGAUGAGCUUCCCAAAUUCCAGCCAACAUCCAGGAGCUGGGAAUUCCUGCAGGAUCACCCUUGGACAAGCCAAUCAGGUGAUUCCCAAAGUUCCUCUGCUGAGGAUCCUGCAGGCUGCAGGGGCCCAGGGAGAGACCUUCACCCUCAAAGAGGUGCCCGAGGAUGUGUGCUUGGAUGAGCUGGAGGAUUCCCAGUGCCUGAGUGAUGACACGGACACAGAGGCAGCUUCUGAGGAUUGCUGGCAAUGCUCCAAGUGCAAGAAAUUCAACUCUCCAGGGAAAAGGUACUGCUACCGCUGCUGGGCCCUGCGCAAGGACUGGUACCGGGACUGCCCCAAACUGCCCCAUUCCCUGUCCCUCUCCAACAUCAAUUCCAUGGAAAAGCAGGAGCAGGAGGAAGGGAUGGAUGUCCCAGACUGCAGGAGGACGAUUUCAGCUCCUGCUGGCCAAGCCAAACACAUUUUCCUUGGAGAAUCCAAACCCUUGAUGGAUCCCGGCGGCUCCAUCGAGUCCUUGGAUCUGGCGCGGGAUGGCAAAAAUCGGGAUUUUGGCAAAAUGAAGAAAGAGGAGGAGGUGGAAUCUUUGGAGAGCAUCAAAACCCUGCUGAACCCCUGCUUCCUGUGCCAGCACAGGCCUCGGGAUGGCAACAUUGUCCAUGGAAGGACUGCUCACCUGGUGGCCUGCUUCAGGUGUGCCAGGAUGCUGAAGAAGAAGAAAUCGCCGUGUCCCGUGUGCAGGAAGGAGAUCAAGAUGGUCAUCAGGAUCUUCAUGGGGCAGCAGGGCCCUUGGCUCCUAAAAUCAUAAUUUUUUUUUUGCACUCAAAUCUCCCAUUUCAGUGCAGGAAAGAGAUCAAGGAUGAUCACCGGGAUCUUUGUGGGAUUGCAGAAUCUCCUGCCCCUAAAUUAAGCCCAAAAUGAAGAUUUUUGCACUCAAAGCCCAAUUCCAGAGCUGAGCCAGUGAAACCAAAGAAAACCAAGAUUUAAAUCCCACCAAGAAUCCUCUGCAGGAUCCACUUUGCCGUGGAAAUCUCCUCCAGAUCAAAAUCCCAGCUUGGAAAUUUUCCCAAAUUUCCCAAUUUUAUCCCUUGGGAUUCUUUCUCCUGACCAAGAACAGAAGAUUUGGGAAAAAUUGUGACUUUUGGAAUGUUUGGUUUUUUUUUUUUUUAAUCCUAAGUCCUGACUUGUGCAAUUCCUUUGGAGCUGAGUGAUAAAAAUGGAAAUAAAUAUUUAUGGUGGGAGGGCAGGGGAUCUGGUU